CGGAAGUCGCACAGUCCGUGCGGCACCGGAAGUCGCACAGUCCGUGCGGCUGGUUCUGGCUACGGCGCAGGCGCAGAGGAUCGUUUGGUCAGAAUGAAGCCGGCGGUGGAUGAGAUGUUUCCGGAAGGAGCGGGGCCGUAUGUGGACCUGGAUGAGGCAGGAGGAAGUUCAGGACUUCUGAUGGACCUUGCAGCUAAUGAAAAAGCAGUCCAUGCAGAUUUCUUUAAUGAUUUUGAAGACCUCUUUGACGACGAUGAUAUUCAGUAAUUUGGUCUCUUCACGUCAUUCAAACCUCAAAUAUGGAAAAGGAAAGAAGUUGGACAAUAUUGUAGCAUAUUCAAAAACAUCCUUGCGUUUGUUAAACAUCUUGUUUUAUAAAUAUGGAUUUGCUCACUC